AUGACGUCCUACGAGGUCAACGCCGUCGAGUUGUCCCUCCAGGGAACUCCCACGAAAACUGUUACGCUGGCUCCGGAGCGGGCGACCAUCGUUCGUGAACUGGCCGAUGUGCCAAUCAAACCCGGCCCAAACAAGAUCACCAUUGUUGGAUUUGAUUCUAGAGUUGACUUCGACUCACUUCGAGUAACUGGCCAUGGACCUGCCACUAUCACUGAUAUCCAGACUUCGGUGGCUCUUCGUGACGAAGACUUUGAUGACGUUUAUCCUGAGGAGGAUAGCGUAGGAGAAGAUAUUGACUCCGAAGACCCAGAUGACAACUUUGGCGUCGAUAGGUCGGAGCUAGACUCAAUCAUAGCAGAGAUCAAGGAGAUAUCUGCCAAACUUGCUUUUCUCGACAACGAGAAGAUAUCGUCAACUCAAUCCCUGGCCUUUCUUGAUUCCUAUGGUAAAAGCAUGAACGCAAAGGAUGUUGAUGCCACCAAGGUGGCGGAAUAUAUCGACGUCUACCAGAAGAAAAGAGCCGGCUUGCGCGAGAUCUAUGAAAAAGCGGAGGCACAGAUCACCGAGCUCAACGAGAAGAAAGAAAAGCUUGAACGGAAGAAAGAGCGAUUGGAAGUAAAAUUUACUGAGGAGAGAGACCGAGCGGCAAAGCCAUCGCGCAAGGAGAGAAAGGCAAAAUUGAAAGAGAAGGGGCUGAAGGAGAAAAAGAAGCAGGAGGCCAGAGCUGACAUCUCGAGCUUCUGGAAUAUCUAUACUGGUCGUGUUACCGUUCACGUUGAAGGGCAUGGUGCUGGGGUCACGCCUGAGAACAGAAGAGAAUCUGUUUCUUCUGUCAAGAAGCCUGAUGUCAACGAAAACAUCACGCUAUCGCUAACAUAUGUUACAUCGGCUGCUCGAUGGACUCCACGGUAUGACUUGAUGCUAAACACGCCAACAUCAUCUGGAAACUUGGUCUAUCGAGCCGAAUACUACAACAGGAGUUGUGAGACGUGGAAAGAUGCCACCGUUAUCCUCUCCACAUCUCAGACUACCUUCUCAGGGGUCGAUGAGAAUAUCCCUACUCUGUUGCCAUGGAAUGUGGCACUCAGAAAACAUGAGGUAAUGGAGCUAGAGACCGCAACUGACACAUUGCCAGCUAAGAAGAUGAGUAACUGGCACGGCGCGCUGAGGGCCAACGCAGAAGGCAUGGAAAGGGUGCAAUUACGCAGGGCAAGGGCUAGGUCUUCAGAUGCACCGGUAUGCUAUCCUAAUCGAACCUUUCCGAGCGCUUCCACGGCACCAUUUCCGCCACCACCUCCACCUCCACCUGCAGCCAUGGCUGGCGGGCUGUUUGGCACUUCAGUCACUUUCUCCGCAACUCAUGAAACUGGACAACAACCGCUGACAGUACCUCAGCCACAGGCACAGCAGCAGAUGAUGCAGCGAAUGCAAGCACCGGGUGUGCCACGUUAUCAUGGUUUCAGCGAUGUAGCUGAUACCCAACAAGGCGCCCAAACUGUUCGGUUUGGGGGGGUUGCGCCGCCCCAUCCUGGCGGAAGCCAUGACGAAGAUGAGGAUGAUGACGAAGAUUUCCAUUUGGAUGAUGAUGCAUCAACCAUCCAGGGCCCGUCCAAUGUUCUUGCAUUUAAGCAGUCGUCUCGUCAUGACUACGGACUGACCACCACAUAUAACGUGCCUGGAUCACGUACCCUGCAGCCAUCCUCUCAUGUUAGACGGCAUAUCAUUGCAGAACUCGAGCUCUCCUCCGUCACAUUUUCGCAUGUGAUCAUUCCAAAACUGAAGCCAGCAGCUUUCCUAAAGGGAAGAGUAACCAAUACGUCGACUACACCUUUCCUUCGGGGCAAGGCCGGCCUAACCGUCGACGAUGCUUUCCUGGGCAAGGCAACUAUCCCGAACUGCAAUCCCGGGGUCCCAUUCAAUCUCAACCUUGGAGUUGACCCAGCUAUCCAGGUGAUAUACUCCAAGCCCAAGGUUAGACGCGCAACCACAGGUUACUUUACCAAGGAGGACUGUGCCAUCUUCACGCGCAUAUGCCGGAUCAACAACACCAAAUCUUCACCGGUAUCCUUGGUCGUUCUCGACCAAAUUCCUGUGAGUGAAGACGAGCGGAUUCGAGUCCGUCUACUUGAGCCAAAGGGCCUUGACAAGGGAGAUUCUGCAAAGAUUGGAGCAGAGGUUUCCAUCGAUCCCAAGAGGGCCAAGGACUGGGGUAAAGGCACCGUCUACAUCAACAGAGAUGGCGAGGUCAAAUGGGUGAUCAACCUACAGAAGACAGUCGAUAUUAGGCUCGUCCUUGAGUACGAAGCAAAGAUCCCGAGUGGCCUCGAAGUCGUGGGCCUCUAA